AUGAUUUAUUCUUCUUUACCUCCUUCGACUACUAAUCUAAAUCAACAACAACUACCUAAUUCUUUAUUAUCCACUCAGUCUUUGGUUCCUUCUGUUCAGUCUAAUGUCAACUCUAAGUCUAAAUCUAAUCGUCCUCUUUCCUUUUUCUCUUCUCUUUCUAUCAGACCUAGAUCUAGAUUACUUUCUAAAAAUCAAUCCAGUCUUACACUUUCUACCCCUUAUUCAGUUUCAUCGUCACCUCAAACCUCCUCACCCCACAUUUCGAACAGUCCAUCACUUAGGGGUCCUAGUAGAGUAGUAGCAGUUGUAGGCAACAUUCGGUUUGGUAUAGGUCGUUUGAUUGUAGAGGAUCUCGUCCGAUCAAAACAUAUCGUAGUAGCUCUCAUCGAUCAACACGAUGCUAAAUUCAGUAAAUCACUCGAAUCUUUGGCUCUCAGUCCUUCACUCUUUCAUGCUUUUUCAAUCUCAGCACUCUUUAGUCAUGAUUUAUUACCCACUCAAUACAGAACCAAUGACUCGCAAAGCAAUGUUCAAUUAAACCAUACUGCAACUUCACCUCCCAUCUCGCCCACUUCCUCCAAUCGUUUCAAAUCAUUCAAACCCAUUCGAAAACGUCACACGCUUCAAACCACUAGUUCAGAACCUAGUCAUAUCAAUACCUCUGAUCAACCUAGUGUCGAUCAAGGAGCCGAUCGUACUCGUUUAUUGGCCAUUGCUGAAAUCAAAAACGUCUUGCAAUCUUAUAGAGUAGAUACUGUGAUUUGUUGUUUUGAACCGAUUCCAAGGGAAGAUACGCCAAGAUCAAUCAUCAGACGAGAAUCUGAAAAACAAGAUCAACUUUUACCACCUGAGAUUGAAAGAUCUCGUAUUGAAGCUAUGGAAUCAAUUGUUUUGAAAGCUUGUAAAAGUUCAGGUCAUGUAGGACGCUUUGCAGUUUGUGCACAUGGUCCUAGAUUAUCUCCUUUGACUCCAAUUCCGUCUCAUACUCCAUAUCAUCAUCUCAAUACCGAAGGAUCACCCAUCACCUUGACUGAAUUCAGAUGGGGUUUCUUGAUGAAUGAAUUGGCGGCUGAUGAAGCUAUCAGAGAUGGAUUAACAGGUGAAAAUGGAUUAGGGAAUUGGUUAGAUGAACCUCCCAAGGAUCGAUGGAUGAUUGAUUUUGAGAACAAAUCAACUCGAUUACCUUCUUCGAGUGGCACGGGUCGUGAUAAAGGAAAGGAAAAGGUGGAACCUGUUUGUUUUACUUUGGCAGAAGAUGUGGCUAGGUUUGUGAGUUUGGCUUGUAGGUUGAAAACUGAGUGGAAAUGGGAAACAGGCAUGAUGGUGGGUGAUAAGAUUAGAGGUGGAUGGGAAGAAGUAGUCAAUCUACUUGAAAACGUCUCGCGUACCAAAUACAGACGAGAAUAUUAUCAAAAGUUAACGAUUGAUCAAAGUCCAAAUUCAUCUAAAUCAUCAAUAGAUCAAUACUCAUCCCAUUCUAAUCAAAACCAAAAUCAAACCAUGACGAAUUUUGAUGAUGUACUACGAGGGAAAUUAUCUAAAGAAGGAUUAGAUGCCUCAUCGGUCAGAUUGAUUGAAUUCUUUAGAGUUUGGUAUUCACCUCUACCUAAACCACCUCAAAUCUUAAUCGAUCGAUCUGGAGGAAGUCAUCGACAAUCAUUACAAACCGUUCAAAGCAGACGACAAAAGAAUCGAAUAAAUCUAAACAAAUCUAGUUCACCUACUCUGAGUCAACAUUCUUCAUUGGUUUCGAAAAACUCUUCACCUGAUUUAAGUUUCACACCGGGUUCGAUGAUCAGUCAGAAUUUCAGUAAACGUAGUUCGAAUUCGUUACCUACUACACCUUCUUCUUUGAAUCCGAUCGAAGCUAGAUUACCUGCUUCGGCUCAUGAAGUGGUGAUUGUUGAUCGAAACUCGUAUAACUUUGUACCUCAUUCUUUUUCGCCUUUUAAGUUUGAUGAUUCGAUUCGUAAUCAACCGAUCACUAGUUCUCCUUUGGCUCAAAAAGUUUCUUGA